GAAGCGCUGGACAACCUGAUGCUGGAGGGGGACAACAUCGUGUCCGCAGCUCGCAGGGCCAUAAUGCGCCACGACUACUCAGCCGUGCUCACCAUCUUCCCCAUCCUGCGACACCUGAAGAUGAACAAGUCUGAGUUCGACUCCACGCUGCAGGGAACAGCAGCGAGCACCAAGAACAAGCUGCCGACUCUCAUCACCUCCAUGGAGACCAUCGGAGCCAAAGCUCUGGAGGAGUUUGCAGACAGCAUCAAGGCAAGAGCAUCACGUCACUUCAUCCAGGGACACCCAGCGUGCUUUUACAGGAGGCCAGGGGCCGAUGGCAGCGACGCAGGGGCCAGUUACUGCA